ACUGAUUGAUGCUGAUCUGGAGGAUAAACCCUGUUUAUGUGUUGGAUUAGACAGUGAGUGUGUCAGAGAGGAUCUCUGUGCUUAUGGAUUGCUGCGACGAAUCCUCGGGGCAGUUCAGGAACUUUAAGAAGGAGGACUUUGAGGCUGACUGGAUUAAGGUGGCAGAAUGCAGAUUGGGUCAGGUGUACCGGGUCAAACUCAAGCUCCAGCAGGAAAAAUAUGCCUUGAAGAGCUUUGACACAACCUUGUGUGCAAGCAACUUUUACAGGAGACUAAUAGAAGAGGCAUCCAACAUGGCCAAAGUGAAAUCCAAGUACAUCGUGUCCAUCUACGGACUGUGCACUGAGGCGACUGCUGUGGUGAUGGAGCACAUGAGUAAUGGAUCCCUGAACAAUCUCCUAGCCAGUCAUACAUUGAUGUGGCCAAAGAAGUUCCAGAUGAUUCAUGAGGCCUCUAUGGGGAUGAAUUUCCUUCACAGCAUGAAACCCCCAUUACUCCAUCUUAACCUUAAGACAUCCAACAUCCUACUAGAUGGACUUCUUCACGUCAAGAUUUCAGAUUUUGGUUUAGUCCACUGGGAAGAAGGCAUGAGCAAGAAGUUGUUUGUGGAGAAUCUGACUGUAAGAGGGAACAUAAGUUACAUUCCUCCUGAGACAUUCACUCAGUGCCCUAAUCCUCCAGGAACUACCUUUGAUGUUUACAGCUUUGGAAUAGUGAUGUGGGAGAUUCUGACUCAGCAGAAACCGUACGCAGGGUGCAGCAUGACAACAGUGCUCUUACAGGUGUCACAUGGGAAGAGACCCUGUGUGGAGAUGAUAUCUGAGCAAAAGCCCCUUGAUUGUGAUCAGAUGGUCAACAUCAUGAGACAGUGCUGGGACCAGGACCGUAGGAGAAGGCCACAGUUCUCAGACACUGUGAGGAAAAUUGAGGCACUUAUUGGAGUCCUGAAGAUCCCAGGACCAAUCCAAUGUCAGGAAAAUGGAGACGAGGGACAGAAAUCAGAUUAUCCUUGGCUGGUUUCUCCAGUACAUAAAAUUGCUUUGCCUGAGAUGUCUGACCUUCCCUCAGAUGACCAUCAUGGCAAGGACAGCGUUCUCUCUCUGCUCAUCAAAAAGGACUUUGGUAGUUUCAGACAGACUGUGAGAAGAGAGCACGUAUCCAAACAGUUUCCAGGGGCAAAGAGCCUCCUCCACUACACGGUAGCCAGCGGUGAUGCAGAGAGUGUCGAGCAUGUCCUGAUUCUGGGUGCUGAAGUCAACUGUUUGACUGCUAGAGGUUACACUCCACUUAUUAUUGCUGUCUUGCACAGGCUCCAUGAAAUCAUCUCUUUGUUACUGGAACAUGGUGCAGCUGCCACCCAGGGAGAUGAGGACCAGUGGACAGCGCUUCAUUUUGCUGCCCAGAACGGCGAUGACAGGACCGUCCGUCUCCUGUUGGACAAAGGAGCUGUGGCGGAUGCCCGGGAAAAAGCUGGUUGGAUGCCCCUCCACCUGGCCUGCCAGAAUGGCCAUGACACAGUGGUGCGCCUGCUGCUUUCACGGCUGUCAGAGGAAGCAGUCAGCGAACGGGAGUCACAAGGGAGGACGCCACUCCACCUAGCCUCCGCCUACGGGCAUCUGAAUAUUGCCAAACUCCUCCUCUCCCAGGGAGCAGAUCCCAACGCUACUGACUGUUCUCUCUCUACUGCCCUUCACUUAUCAGCUGAGGAAGGCCAUAACAGAGUAGUCAGACAGUUGGUGAAGAGUGGGGCAAAUGUUGAUUGUGCGGACAGCAGAGGAUACACUCAACUUCACCUGGCUGCUCUGAAGGGUCAUACAGGCAUAUGCAGGCAGUUAUUGUUGAACGGGGCCAGCCCAAACCCCAAGACCCUGAAAGGCUGGACUCCUAUGCACCUGGCUGCCCUGAAGGGACAUGACGCCACGGUGGUCCAGCUGGAGAGUCAGGGUGGUUGCGUGAACAUUAGAGGUGAGAAUGGAUGGACCCCACUCCACCUCGCCUGCCACCAGGAUGAACCAGAAGUGGUGGAAAAGCUCCUGGCAACCAAAGCAAACCCAAACGUGCUGGAGGACAGUGAAGGAUGGACGCCAUUACAUGUAGCUUGUUCCAGUACCAGUUUACCGAGUGUUCUCCACUUGAUUUCACAUCAUGCAGAUGUUAAUGCAGUAAACUCAGGAAAGGCAACACCCUUACACCUGGCUGCCCAGCAUGGCUGUAUGCCUAUUGUAAAUGCCCUGCUGGUGAACGGAGCAGACAGGACUCUGCUGGACUCCUCUGGAUCCACAGCUCUGGAUGUGGCCCGGAGGUGUGAAAAAUGGGAAAUAGUGCAACUACUGGAGAAGUAGUUUAGGUGAAAGCAGUAUGAAUGGAUGGAUUACACUGAAAACAUCAGUGACACAAUUGAGACAUUAUCCUUCUGUUAAGAUAUUUCAGUUUUAAAUUAUAGACAAAAUUAUGAGUAAAAUGCACAAUGACUACCUCUUGAUGUAUCUCUGAAAAAUAAUUACAAAAACUUUUAUUUUGCCAAAUGUUUCAUGUUGUUUUCACCCCUUACAAUUCUCUCAAAGUAUUUAAUAAUAACAAUAAUGAUUCAAAUUUAGAAAAAAAUGAAUCUACUGUUCCGACAGAAAAUAAACGUAAAAUUUUGCCAUUAUCUGAUGCCACAUCAGGUAUAUAUCUGUGUUAUGAAAUUCAUUAAAAGGUUAUCAAGUUUGAGAAACUUUUCAGGCAUGGAAAUGAUGGAUAUAUAUUGUUUUGGCUAUUGUCUAAAACAUAUCUCAUAUAUGCAAAAUAGGUUAACUGUGCCACUAAUUUUAAUCUAGUGUUAUGCUGCAUGACAGUUGAAAUGUCCAGCAAAAUGACCAGCAUCACAUUAUUGCUAAGGCCAUGUUCAGAGUAAAGAAAAACCCUGUCACAUAGGAAGAAAUAUACAUAUUUGAUUAAAUUGCCAGGUAUUAUGAUGUGGCCACUGUGUUUAGUCACUGGAUGGGUGAAGCCUGAAGGGAAGUUUAGGCAAGGUGGCAAAAAAAUAAUUAGUCAUGUCUACAGAAAAAAAAAAGUUUCUUCAACAAAAAAAAAACAACAAAAAAAACAUGAGGACUUAAAAUUAUGAUCCAAACAUGGCAAAUUGACAUUUAGCUAUAGGAUCAUUGGUUUUCUAUCAUUCAAAAAGGGGUGCUGCUGAUGUUUUGUAAGUACCGGUCUGCUCUAUUGCUAGCUGGUAGCUUGAAUGUCUAAUGAGUAGUAAAGUUAUUAAGCUUUAGCUGUUUUUGCAAGUGCAUGCUUAAUAAUGUGUGGCUGUCUUGCUAAACUACUCAAAUAAAGUGAUGAAAAUGGGGUGAAAUAUUUUGGAAAAGUUAUGAAAAAGUUUUGAAAAUCCAUUGGUUUUAUAUAUAUAUAUAUAUAGGAGGGAGCCAACAGGUACCAGGUACAUAUCAGGACCCUGUAAUGCUGUCACAUAUGGAUGAAAAUGAACAUAUACAAGAGGUGUUGUUAUAAUGACCUAUAGAGUCAUUCACUUGAUUUAACUUGUCAGACUUUAUGAGGGGGUGUCUCAUAAUGAGAGGGGAAUGAGUGGAUCACUGUUACUGGAAUCACUUGGAUGCGUCUAUUAAAUUUCUCAGUCUAUAAAGACAUAAUUUAUUUAUAGUUGCAAGAGCAUUACAUUGUGAAAAUACUGUAUAAUACAUGAAUGCUUUAUGACAAGGCAAGGUAACACUGAUUAUCAGCCAUUCCCUGCAGGCUGAGUGAAGCACUGCCGAGCUUAUGCCACACUCAUUUAACACUGUGACACCUUAUUAAACUGAAAUGAAAUGCAUGGACUCAGGAGCUGUAUUGACCUGCACUUUCACAGGGUUUUCACUGAAACCACAAGAGACCGACUGUGAUGGAGGGGUUGGAGAUGAGUAAAAUAAAAUGACUGGAAAUGAACAGAGCAGAGUAAAGUUGGACU